GCGGGCGAACCUCCAUGCAUUGCCGCCUUCUUCGUUCGUACAACCGACGAUUUCUAUCCUGAGCGUUCGCGACUUGCUCUCCCUUUGCGCCUCUUUCGAAGGAGAGAAACGGUUUGGUGGUUGAACUGGCAAUGGGCUCCGACGACUACAAAGCCAUCGGCGGCGGCGGCGCGCUCAAGCUGAAAGGCGCAAAAGUCAGCAAGAAGAAGAAGAAGGCCGCCAAAUCUGACCUGGAAAAGAACCUGUCCGGCGGCGGCAACGAGAACGCGGCGCUCGUUAAAAGGAAUGACGAAGACGCCCCUAAAGAGAAACGCGACAAGCAAAAGAGCUCCCGAGACGAGGAUCGAAGAAGAGAGGAUGGGGAAGAGAGGGAGGAAGACGACGAGCCGGUGGUGUUGAAGACGGAAUCAGAGCGACGGUACGAGGAAGCAAGAAAGAAGAGGCUUCUUCAGAGCGCGCAAUCGUCCGGAUCAAGACCCGAAUUGCUAAAGACACAUAAAGAGCGAGUUGAGGAGUUGAAUACAUAUCUGUCUAGGCUGAGCGAGCAUCACGACAUGCCAAAGAUUGGACCGGGCUAAGCUGUUUGCGUGUGGUGGCGACGUGAAGGGAUUACCUGCAUGGAAUGGAGUUUGUGGUGUUUCUUGUCUUUUAGGAUGCUAAUAUUACACAACUGUUGCUGAUAUACCCUAUGAAAAUUGAUAAGGGCAGCCCAAAUAUUGCGAGAAUUAUGAAUUAGAAAAUACAAAUCAUUUUAGCAUCACAAC